AGCCGGAGCUCCGCGUGUUCGGAACUGCUGUGAAUAUCGGCUGCAUAUGUGGAAUAUAUGAUGGGAAGUCGCGGGGUUUUAUCGAUUAUUUUUGAUUUGGAUAACACGCUGAUCGAUACAGCAGGAGCAGGACGAACUGCCAUUCAGAAGGUGUGUGAGCUGCUCAAGUCGUCACCUGUGCUGGAAAGCCACAUAAGAGACAUCUGUGAGCGCUUCUUAAGAAAGCUUCUCCAAGAGUCCUUCGACCCAUCAGAAGAAAAAACGAUAGAUGACGUGAGGAUCCAGCACUGGUAUGAAGCCCUGCAGGAGACAUCGGGCACAGAUCCCGAUCCAGCUCUGGCUUCCAGAUGCUACUACACAUGGAAAAACACACGCUUACAGGCUCUGAAUUUGUCUCCGGAGGUUCGAGCACUGCUGGAGGAACUGCAGAAGAAUUACAAACUGCUUCUGCUCACCAAUGGCGACACUCAGACGCAGCGGGAGAAGAUCGAAGCAGUGAGAUGUGAGGGUCUCUUUAGUUUGGUGGUAGUCGGAGGAGAUCAUCCGGAGCAGAAACCGGCAUGCUCCAUCUUUACUCACUGCUUUGAGUCUGCAGGAGUUCGGCCGCAGGACUGCAUCAUGGUGGGAGAUUCUCUUAGCACAGACAUCCAGGGAGGCAUUAAUGCUGGAGUUCGGGCAACUGUGUGGAUAAAUGCUGGCAGUAAAUCUCUCCCGCAGGACUCUGUAACUCCAGACUACACUCUACCUACUGUACUGCAUCUGAAUGAAGUUCUAGCUCAGCUGGCAUGAUGUACUUUUUAAUUUUAAAGGUGCUAUAGAAUGAAAAUUGAGAUUUACUUAGGCAUAUCUGAAUAAUAAGAGCUCAAUAUUGACAUACCGUGAGCCUCAAACACCAUUCUUUCCUUGUUCUCAUGUAAAUCCAGUGAAUGUAAAAGACAGGACAAUCCAAACAAAACAUUGACUAUGAUGUUCCACACUGGAUCAUUAAUAUGCGUGCUCCAGGAGGCGUUUGAUUGGCCGCAAUGUUGCCUAGUGAGAUUACAACAGUAAUAAUUUUCUAUUUUAAAUUGAUCUAAGCUUGUAUUCAUUCAUUCAUUUUCCUUUGGCUUAGUCCCUUUAUUCGUCAGGGGUCGCCACAGGGGAAGAAACUGUCAACUUAUCCAUCAUAUGUUUUACACAGCGGAUGCAAACCAGCGACCUUCUUGCUGUGAGGCGACCGUGCUAACCACUGAGCCACCGUGUCUUCCCUAAGCUUGUAUUAUACUUUCUAUAUAUGCUGGACUCUUAUUUUGAAAGAGUAAAAGAGCAGUUUUGUAAAGCAGGCAGAAUGCAAAAUGUGGGAUAUAUAGAUUAAAAAAAUGUAUCAAUGUGACUACUAGAAGGCAUAGGGCAGGGCUAUUCAAUUAGUUUGUCAUGGGGGCCAGUUCAUGAAAUGCAUCCCAAACGAGGGGCCAGAGAGAUAUGACUUAUUGCAAUAAGUGAUGACACAACAGCAACAUAAGAGCCCAUAUGUUGUAUUUUUGCUCCUUAAGACACUCACGAUGUAUUUUUCUACAUUAAAAUGUUAAUAUGUUGUAUUUUGAGACUACAUAACAUCACUGCAUUAUACAAACAUAUUUAAAAGUUGUAUUUCGAAACACAACAAAAUCAGUGUAUUGCUCAAGUAGGCUUCUUCUACCUUCAGACACAUUCAUAUGUUCUGUUUUUAACUGCAUAACAAUUAAGGAUGCAACAAUUAUAGAUUUUGGUUGUACGAUUAUAUAGUCUGAAGAAUAAUCAUCGUUUCAUGGUUAUCACCAUUAUUAUGCAUUUAUUAAAUUCAAAACACUGCUAGUUUAGAAAACUGCUUAUAUUUUAAUGUGUUGUUUAUUGCUGCUCAGUAACCAAACAGCACAAAAUAUUCAUAAAAAACAAACAAUUUCUCUCUUUGGACUUGUUUUUGAUUUAAACUUUAGUUCACCUUUACCUUUAUUUGUAUAGCGCUUAUACAAUGUAGAUUGUGUCAAAGCAGCUUCACAUAAAAGGUAACAGUAAAUAGGAACAGUGUAGUUCAGUUUGUAGUGUUUAAGUUAAGUUCAGUUUAGCUCAGUUCAGUGUGGUUUAAUAAUCACUACUGAGAGUCCAAAUACUGAAGAGCAAAUCCAACGAUGCGCAGCUCUUAGUGAUAAUUUUACAAUGAAAAUAAAUGACAGAACAAUGAUUAAAUAAAAAAAUAAAAAUGUUUGUCUAAUGUUAAUUUAAGCUAUAUAUUAGCUAAGUAUUUAAAUGAACUGUUGUUAUUAUCUGUGUUCAUACGUACAUAAUCAAUUUAAUCAUUUGUUAUAAUUCGUCUAACACAAGGGUCACCAAACUUGUUCCUGAAGGGCUGGUGUCCUGCAGAUUUUAGCUCCAACCCUAAUCAAACACACCUGAACAAGCUAAUCAACGUCUUACUAGGUAUACUUGAAACACCCAGGCAGGUGUGUUGAGGCAAGUUGAAGCUAAACCCUGGAGGGACCGAGAUUGGUGACCCCUGGUCUAACGUAUCUUUUGCUUACAUUGCACUGAAAGCCACGCACAACUCUCACCGCUACAGCGUGAGAUAAUUUCUACUGUGUGUGUCUGGAGGGCACUAGUCUGUUGGCCUGCUUGCGAGCCGUGCACGCACCGCUACCAACAUGCGCACGUCUCCAUUGGAAAUAAUGAACUUGUGUGCGGAAAAGACGCCAUAUGUGAAUGGCCUGCUGCUAUAGUUAAUCCAAUGUGCGUGCGUAUUAGCCUCGGUAUAAGCUCGGAACUUUAAACAAGCACACAGGUGGCAUAACUUUGUUUAAUUGUAGCAGUUUCGUUCCAUGAAACAGAAACACGGCGUUGAGAAGUAAUGAACCGUAGAGAACCGUAAUGAAUAAAGCACGGUUAAUAGUGAAAUCAGCUAAUCAUUGCAUCCUUAUUAACAAUAUCAGUGCAUUGUACAAAAAGCCUUUUCUACAAACAUAUCUAAAUGUUUUCGGUUCCUCGCGCCACUCACUCGCUUAAUGUCAGGUGACUCACGCUCUGCGCAGCCUUUAACUGCAGCUUGUGCUGUAUUUUUGACUGAACUAAAUUUAUUUUUAAUGUCUUGGUCACACUAUUUGGAGGGCCGGAACAAAUUGCCUCAGGGGCCAGGUUUGGCCUGCGGGUCGCCAGUUGAAUAGCCCUGGCAUAUGGUGUACUCACACUAGGUACAGUUGCCUUGAACCGUGCCGAAUCGUGAUUGUCCCCCCUCCCCUCUCCCCCCGAUGGCCUGCACUCGCACUGCAUCUUUACCUUCCGAGCCGGAGCAUGCUUACAUCAUCGAUGAUGUGACUGUUCAGUUUAACAGGAAGAGAAGCGCUCUCGCUCAGCACAGUGGACAUUGCUUUAAUUAUAUCGUUUUGUAUUAUUUUUAGUCGUUUGUGAUGCAGUGACGCGCAGUCAAAUAUUUUGCCCAACAGAUCCACCACUUUUGAGGCUCAUAAAUUAUCAUAAAUCGUCUUUGAGCUGCAGAGACUGACAUGCAGGGAGCGCUUUGUAUUGUUAAUAAACUGUGACAGUUAGCGUUCAUUGAACAGAAAGAAUGAUUAAUAAAUUCAUAUGAAACAGUCUCUUAAAAGUGAGGUUGCGUCUUUAGUUUCGGGCUCAGGUGCACUUUGCACUCACACUACAAGCAUACCAUGCCAAAGCCAAACCAAAUCACGAUUUGGCACACCUCUUCCAAUCAGGCCAGGGCUGGCCAACUGAACCACGCAUGGACUUAGUUAGGAGCACUCACACUUGUCCAACAAACUGGGAAACGCAUCCAGGCACAGUUUGGAUAGCCUAGUGUGAGUGCACCCAUAAUGUCUAUUUAAAUAUAUCUUUUCGCAGUUUAACCUGUAUAUUGUGAAAUUUGCUGUGUACGUUUGAAAUGAGGCAACAAAUAAAUGCAAUCUGCAGAGUAUAAA